GCCCAGAGUUGGGGGAAAUCCUCCAUUGGAGCCAUCCUUUGCCCCAGGGCCGUCCAGGUGGCUCCCUAGAGCAGCCGCCUUGGGGUCACUGCAGCAGGCAGUGCGCUCCAGGUCCCGCAGAGCCUUACCUCCACCAAGAAUCAGAUACACUGGGCCAAGGAGCCAGACCAGCCUUCACAGGAUGCAAAAAUACAACAGAGGGCGCCGAACCCACCAGCGCCAUGGCCUUGAAUAUCAAUGUAUGGGCUAGCUCCAGACCGCCAAGUUCCUUAAAAAUGUCUCUGGCGGGGGUCCCUGCCAGACUUUCGGGGUUUCGGUUUGCUAUUUGCAACCACCACAUCACACAAACAAUGUUUACUUGGAAGAGGAGGGGGCGGAGACCAAACCCACCGCUUGGCGCACACGCCUUGAUCUCACAUUCCAGACUCGAGCUGAUGUGUGUCAGCGCGACAUGGGGCGGGGGGAGGGUUCUAUUCGGAUGUUUCAUUCGCCAUCUGCACGUCACUCCCAAACUUUUCCUCCCUGCGCUCUGGGAGUCAGGUUGACGCUCGCUGGAUGCGGGGCUCCAGGCGCGGUGCUGGGCGCGCUCCCGCGGAGCUGGAGCUGCAGAGGAGGCUUCCGGGAGGAUCUCGAGCUUUUCRGGUACAAGUUGGGUGCUAGGUGCCGGGGUGGGGGCGGCAGGGAGCGGCGGACGAAGGUAUGGCUUCGGGCUCAAGGCUCCGGCGCCCCUCUGCGGGUUCGGGCUGGGUAGCGCCGGCGGCGGCCUGGGCUGGGCGUUCGGAGUCCGGGCGGAGGAGGCUGCGCGCAGUCUCACUCCCCUCGGCGCUCCCGGCGCGGAGGCGGCGGCGGCCCAGGCAGACAAUGAACUUGCGAGCGCGCGGAGCCGAGGCAGAUUUGGGCCCCGCGCCUCUUGGCCUGGCCUCCCCGAAGCUUCUGCGAUCCCCAGCGGGAGGCGUCUCCUCGCCACUGGUGUUGGCCGCGCUCCGGGAGCCCAGUGCGCUUGGGGACCCUGCGGGAAGGGCUGCCUGUUGGCUGCGCCGGGGCUCACACGCCCCCUCCCUACCCCGAGAGGAUGUGGCCGGAGCUAGGGGACUGGGGACCUGGCGGUGGCGUGGUGGCGCUGUGUAUAGCUGGAGGCUGGUGGAGGGCGCAAGCUGCGGGGCACGCACUGGCCGGCUGUCCUGCUGAACCAACCUCCCCAGGAGCAGGAAUCGGGGCGCCCCUGCGCUGCCACCGUCUGGGACUUGCAGAGGACGGACGGACUGACAGAAGAGUGAUUUCACGGUGCAAGCGCGCCCUGGAUAGUGUCGGGGACUGAAUUCCCCCUGCCGUGCGCUCCUCACCCCCAAUCCCUCACCCCCAAUCCCGCUCCCAGUUCACUUCGGGGAAGUUUCCCGGCGCGGCCCAGGGCAGGUAAUCGGACAUUUUUAAGAGCUUUCUCCCCACGAAGAGGAAACCUCCCAAAGGAACACAGGAUGUGACCGUGGAAACCCUCAUGGGCAACUCUGUGGAUGGCGCGCCAGUCCGGGGCUGCAGGAGAAGAUCAUGAGCGCUCCUGAUGUGCGGCGCGACCCCACGCUCCCCAGCGAUACUGCUCGUGGCGUGAUGGGGAAAACCUGAGGGACAGGCAGAAGCGCUCCCCGCCUUCCCGAUGCCGUGGCUGCUAUAGAACAUGACCAUCGGGGUCACUUCCCCUUGCUGUCUUGCAGAGUCAAGCCAAAGCAUGUGCUUCCCCCUCCUCCCCCCUGGGUUCCUGCCGUGUCUCGGUCUGUCUCUGCUGCCUUCCCACCAUCUGAUGUAAUCGCAGGACMUCCAUAAGGCUUCCCGGCACUCCCUGGGGCUCACCCAUGGCUGGCUAAGCCUCAGUCCAAGGGCACUACCAUGAGGCCCUGCAUCGACCGCUGCCUACAGCUGUUAGCCGACGACACACACAGACAGCAGGUCAGCUGCCGAGGGGGCCCCCACCAGAGUCACCAGGCGUGCCCCGCAUGCAAAGGAGAAAACAAGAUCCUGCUUCGCGUGGACAGUAAACAGAUGAACUUGCUCGCUGUUCUUGAAGUGAGGACCGAAGGGAACGAGGCCUGGGGCGGGUUUCUGCGCUUUAAGAAGGGGAAGCGAUGCAGCCUGGUGUUUGGACUGGUCAUAAUGACCUUGGUGAUGGCUUCCUACGUCCUUUCUGGGGCUCACCAGGAGCUUCUGAUCUCGUCUCCUUUCCACUACGGGGGCUUCCCCAGCAACCCCAGCUUGCUGGACGGUGAAAACCCAAGCGACCUGAAGGAGCAUCACCACCAGCCCCCUGUGAAUAACGUGUCCUACGUCAAGGACUAUCCCAGCAUCCAGCUCGUCAUCAGCAGCAUCACCGCCAGGAUCGAGUUCACCACCAGGCAGCUCCCCGACCUGCAAGACCUCAGGAGGCAGGAGCUGCACAUGUUCUCGGUCAUCCCCUCUAAGUUCCUGCCCAACAGCAAGAGCCCCUGCUGGUACGAGGAGUUCUCGGGGAGGAACACCACUGACCCCUACCUGACCAACUCCUACGYGCUCUACUCCAAGCGCUUCCGCUCCACUUUCGAUGCGCUGCGCAAGGCUUUCUGGGGCCACCUGUCGCAUGCGCACGGCAAGCACUUCCGCCUGCGCUGCCUGCCGCACUUCUACAUCAUCGGGCAGCCCAAGUGCGGGACCACUGACCUCUACGACCGCCUGCGGCUGCACCCGGAGGUGAAGUUCUCSGCCAUCAAGGAGCCGCACUGGUGGACCCGGAAGCGCUUUGGAAUUGUCCGCCUUCGAGAUGGGCUGCGAGACCGAUACCCUGUGGAAGAUUACCUGGACCUCUUUGAUUUGGCUGCACACCAGAUCCAUCAGGGCCUGCAGGCCGGCUCAGCAAGGGAGCCGAGCGAGAUGAACAAAAUCAUUAUUGGGGAGGCCAGCGCCUCCACCAUGUGGGAUAACAAUGCCUGGACCUUCUUCUACGACAACAGCACCCAUGGGGAGCCGCCAUUCCUGACCCAGGACUUCAUUCAUGCCUUUCAGCCACAUGCCAAGCUGAUUGUCAUGCUCAGGGACCCCGUGGAGAGGUUGUACUCUGACUAUCUCUACUUUGCAAGUUCGAAUAAAUCUGCCGACGACUUCCAUGAGAAAGUGACAGAAGCUCUGCAGCURUUCGAAAACUGCAUGCUGGAUUACUCGCUGCGCGCCUGCGUCUACAACAACACCCUCAACAACGCCAUGCCUGUGAGGCUCCAGGUCGGGCUGUAYGCCGUGUACCUUCUGGACUGGCUCACUGUUUUUAAUAAGGAUCAGUUUCUCAUUCUGCGCCUGGAAGACCACGCAUCCAAUGUCAAGUACACCAUGCACAGGGUCUUUCAGUUCCUGAACCUGGGGCCYCUAAGUGAGAAGCAAGAGGCCUUGAUGACCAAGAGCCCUGCGUCCAAUGCACGGCGUCCAGAGGACCGGAACCUGGGGCCCAUGUGGCCSGUCACACAGAAGAUCUUGCAGGACUUCUAUGGGCCUUUCAAUGCUCGGCUGGCGCAGAUCCUCGCCGAUGAAGCKUUUGCGUGGAAGACACAGUGAGACCUUAGUCCUGGCUGUAGGCCCGGGGCUCAGCGACCCUGUCAUUGCCAUGACUUGAACCGUCUCCCUGGGUGGGGAACUGUUUUACACAGUGUGGAGAAAACCGGGAGACUCCAUCUUCUUUUCCUCCCCAGGCACCUGUUAAUUAGAACCAUUCCRGAAUUUCCUUUGUGAAGUUCAGUAGCUCAGCCCUUGACCCCACAGAGCCCCUCCGGAGGCCGCUGGAAGCUGCAGGUGGGCAGGAAUUGAGUUCUGCUCUGUGAGCACCCGGAGCCCUGGGGAGGGACGGGCUUGCAGUGCAGAGAGGAGGCCUGGGGAGGCCAUGGCCCAACUCUGCUCAGCCACCUCCAGGACAGCCUGAAUCCAGGGUUUGACAGUCCUGGGAUCCUGUGGAGCACCAGCACUCUCGCCUUGGACUGGCCGGAACRUACACUUCUCAUGCUCACGGGCAGUUUUGCAAUACUCUUGAUUGGAUCGCUCACCCCAUCUGGGCAGAGUAYGGAACCUCUUUUGAGAAUGGAAUCUCUUUUUCUUUUCUUCUUACUCCCAAGUCAGCUCUCCAGUGACAUCAGAAAUAAACCCUAUUCACAGUUUCCAAGAGAAAAGAAUUGUUUUUGGCAGCUGUUCAUCUCCAGCCUCGAGUUCUGCCCUUGUAGACUUCAUGUUUAACUAGAAAAUGGAUGCGUUAACAAACCACUUCCUGCAUUGGACUAGCCCUAGCUCUCCCUCCUGCCUCUUUAGAUGUUUUCUCAAGAAAUUCCGUUUAUAUUUGGAAGGGGAGUUUUUGCUGAUUGCCGGAAUCCUGCAUCCUCAAGGAGCUGAGCCCUCUGUGGAGUCUCAGUGACUGAAGUCCUGAGGCAURCAGGGCCUCAGAGAACUGGAGGGGCUCAAGUGCUGGGUGCUUGCUGGCUGCAGGCUCUGCCCCUCKCGGAACCUCUCUGGAACGAGUUCGUUAUCCGAGUUCUCCAGCUCCUCUCUCAUUAAGGAGCUGCAAGAUUCUGGUAUCCUGAUUCAGAAACAAUGCACAGGCUAAACUUGGGCUUGAUGUAGUAUGCUGGAAUUUGGAAUGAGAUUGCUAGGAGCAGUGUUCUUAAUGGAAUUUUCCAGUACUYUAGGCAGCUUUGGUUUACAAUGGAUGGGCCGAAGGUCUUGUCACUUCUUGGAAGUCACAGGGAAAAGAAUGCUUGGGCCUGCUUGGCAUUCAGCCYGAGGUGGGACAAGGAAGCUUUGCACUCCUGUGGUCAAGGGAAGCUUCCUGUGAACCCGUGUUCUCGGAUUGAGGUCCCAUCUUCUGAGUCAGAAAGUGCAAACACUACAUACCCAUCUGGCGCUCGGGCGUGAAACAGCUGGGCUUUGGUGGCACCAGGAUGUGCACUUGCUCAGCCAUCUGACCCUAUUGCUAUCGUCUUCCUGCCACUGCAAAAGGGAUGCUGAGCUCAUUGUCCUGCGACCAUGGCCUGGGGUACGGCUUGCUCUGAGCACUGCUGCAGCCGGGGCUGUUUCUGCUACUGAAGGCGCUGUGUGUCCUGAUCACCACUUGCAGGGACAAUCCCCACUUUUCUCUUGCAGAAGGCCCUCACAGCAGCCGCCAGAGGGGAAGGCUGGCCUGAGCGCCRGAUUCUUUAGGGAGAUAUCACUUCGGAGUGUGUGUGUGUAUUUAUUUGGAAUACAGAGUGUGUGUGCGCACGUGUGUGGGCGCAUUUGCUGAGUGGGUUCCCUUCAGUCCUGUUGCUGACGAAGCCUCCUCUCUGGACACAAUGCCUUUACAGAUUAAUUUCUCUGCCAAUUAACUUGUCAUUUCCAAUACAUAUUUUGCUAUUCAACGUCAGCCAUGAUUUCAACAAGGGGUUUUUCUUAUGCACUCCUAUGCAUGUGAAUAACAUGUCGUGUAACUCUGCUUCUUACAGAAGUAUUACGAAGGUAUUAUUUCCAAUAUUAUUUGGUUCAUUACCGAUCUCUUUUGUGUAUGCAGGCCCCCUCUCUGUGCCGCCCAGUGCCAUCCAGACAUGGUUUUUCCCUCCAGGCCUUUCUCCAGGGGCCAACUGUUGCCUUUGCUCUCUCUGCGUCGAGGCCUGGCUCCUGUUGACAGCACAGAUGCCAUCCUUGGGCAGGUGGCUUUCUAGCCCAUCACCCCAGACCAAAGCGAAAUGGAAGGUUCCUCACGACCUGGUACUGAAGACCCGGCACACGGGUGUGCCCACUGCAGCCUCUGGUUGUGUGAGGUGUCGCGUGAAUCAYGGUGGUGUUGUGCUUCUAUUAAGAUUUAACAUGAUUAAAGAUGGACCCAUGUGACUGGUGCCU